AUGGGUGACGGUAAAGGUAAUGGAGAUGUCAUUCAAGACCACGAAAUCUUGACUGGCAAGGAUGACACCAGGAGCGGCAAGCUGGCCGAGCUACAUCAUCUCAGCGAGGAGGAUCAGGUAUUGGAGAAAAAGCUGUUGCGGAAGAUUGAUUUCCUCGUCAUGCCAUUGAUCGUGGUCAUCUACCUCAUGAAUUUCAUCGAUCGAAACAAUUAUGCGGCUGCGAGAUUACAGGGCUUGGAAGACCAUCUCAACCUCACCUCGGAGAGAUAUCAGGCUGGCCUUGGAAUUUUCUUUGUCGGAUAUAUCCUCGGCAGUAUCCCAUCAAAUCAGAUCCUGAAUUAUACCGGUCGCCCAUCGCUCUAUCUGGGCCUGUCAACAUGCGCCUGGGGUCUCGUCUCUGCUCUGACAGCCUUAGUCCAGAGCUACGGAGGCAUUCUAGGCUGCCGUCUAGCACUGGGAUUCGUCGAGGCACCCUUCUUCCCAGGCGUACUUUUCUACCUGUCGAAAUGGUACACCAAGACAGAACUCAGCAUGCGCAUGUCCAUUUUCUAUAUCGGCUCGCUGAUUGCUGGGGCACUGGGCAGUCUCAUAGCGGCAGGGAUUCUCCAUGGGUUGGCCGGGAAGAACGGAUUGCCAGGCUGGCGAUGGCUGUAUAUCAUCGAGGGAGUAAUUACAGUCGUGCUGGGACUGCUGGUUGUCUUCAUGCUGCCGGAAUUCCCGCAUACCUGGAAAAGUCUGUCGCCCGAGUUGAGGCGCAUUGCGAAUCGCCGGAUGGCCAUUGAGGCCGCCGAGGCCGACAUCGACGAAGAAAAAGGCAUGUCGCAAGUCAAGGGGUUUAUGCUGGCCAUGAAAGAUAUCCGUGUGCAUGUGCUGGCCUUUGCUUUCAUGUGCAAGUCGGCCGCAGGAGGGUUUUCCUUCUUCUUCCCGACUUUAACGAGCACGCUGGGCUAUAAUAACACCAUAUCGCUGUUACUCUGCGCGCCUCCCUAUGUAUUCGUGGCACUUUGGAGCGUGGCACAUUCGUGGGCAUCCGAUCGUCUCCGCAAGCGAUUCUGGUUCCUGAUGUAUCCCAUGCCAGUCGUGAUCGUCGGCUGGAUCAUCUUCAUGACCACCGACUCCUUCGGCCCUCGAUACCUUUCACUAUUCCUCAUGCUGAUGAUCUUCUCCAUCAACGGCACCUUCUUCGCGUGGAUUGCGACCAGUAUCCCCCGACCACCAGCGAAGCGCGCUGCUGCAUACGCGUAUAUCAACGCCAUCGGUGGUAGCGCCUCAAUUUGGACGCCGUUCACCUAUCGCGAUGAGGACAAACCGCACUACCGUCCGGCACUUGGUCUCAAUAUCGGUUUGUGGCUGGUCACGGCGGCGUGCUUUGUGUUCAUGUUCUUUAGCCUCACGCGGGAGAAUAAACGACUGGAUCGUUUGGAGGACGAGGAUGUGCCGUUGAGUGCGGAGGAUUUUGCAAAGCUGCAGCAGACUGCCGAGGUGGAAGGUGUAGAUAUCGCAACGGCGCGGCGGCUGCAAAAGAAUCAUCGGUUUGUGAUUUAG